UUCAAAGGAGGAACUCGAUUGUACCGUGUCGUAUUCAUCGCUGCCAAGUAUUAUCUCUAGCGAUCAAACGAAUCAUUGUCACGUGAAAGCCGUGAAAAAGAACGGCGGAAGAGUACGGAUAGGGGAAACGGAGAAAAAACCGAGAAAGGAUUGUAAAACCGCGAAAACGAGACAUGGGACCAGGAAUCGGAAUCGCAACAAUCGUCGCGGCAAUAUUAUGCAGUCACUUGGAUGGACAAGGGAUACAGGGGGCGGAUUGGUUGGGCGACCUGACCAAGAGUAUCAGCGAAUUGAACAGGAAUAUCCAGGAGAACGUUCAACAACUGAAUCGGGAGGUUCAGGAAAGGGUACAAAGCAACGUGGAGCAUGCUCAUCGACUGACGUCUAACCUCGACAAAAAGCUAGUUGCAGUUCCAGGCACGGCGCAAACGACAGGCAACAACGUCGUCGUGUCGGAUGGCCACGGGACAAGGAUCGUCCAAUCGGGCCGCACGUCAAACGGAAGAACGUUCGUUCGUGAGAGCUCGGAUGAUAUCGUAGACGAUACCCUGCGUCACGUCGACAAAAUUUACGAUCCUGAGGCGAACACUACGAGAGUGUACGGCUACACUUUGAAUCUGAAGGAUCCGAACGCCAAGCCCGUUCUAAUCGAUAGUCCUGCGACAUAAAGGCGUAAGGUGUGUGACGUAAAGGGCGUAAACGAUCGCCUGCUUCUCGAGAAACCCCAUACGACAGUCCAUGCGCAAUAAACGAAACCUUGUCAACGCGUAAACUGCGUUCUGCGAAUGCUUCUU